AUGCUCAAGCCGCGGGAGGUGCUGCAGGUGGGUGCACCACUGCCCGGGUCAUUUGUAAAUCUAAUAACUCCUUUAGGUAUAUUUUAUCCAUUUGGAUCAGCUGCAGGUGACGCUAUUAGCACUCCUGUAGAUGACGGCAGCUCCCCCAUCAUUCCCCUGCUACGCCCCUUACCUUUCUUCGGUCGCACGUACCAGCAGAUUUUCGUGAAUCACAAUGGGCACAUCACAUUCAAUCAGUCACUCUCCCAAUACGUGACGCAUGAGUUCCCUGCAAACUCUAACAGGGACAUUAUCGCCCCCUUUUGGACAGAUCUAGACAAUCGUGAAUCAGGAAACAUUUCCUAUCAGCAGUAUACCAGCGGCGAUGUUCUUCAAACCGCAACUCAAGACAUCAGCUCCUACUUCCCCAAUGUGACUUUCACUGCUUCCUGGGUGUUUGUGGCCACUUGGGACAGAGUGGCCUAUUUUCCAAAUACAGGGACGGAGACCACCUUCCAGGUGGUAUUGAUUUCUGACAGUGAAAUGACUUUCAUCUUAAUGAACUACGGUGACAUUGCCCCAACUUCAAGACAAGUGCAGAUUGGAUAUGACACCAUCAGUUCAACCCACUACGGGUCUCUACGCACCUGCUAUCCAAACAACAGUAUUGACAUUGUGAACUUAAAGACCUCCAGCAAUGUCAACGUCCAGGGACGAUGGGCCUUCUUGACCACGGUCCAGUCAACCAGCUUCAGCUGUACAAACACCCCAGGAUUGACAGUACCGCAGCCAGGGUUCCUGUACCUCAGUGCCAAGAUCAAGGGUUCGAUACCCAGUUGA